CAAACUAUCUAAUAUUUAUUUAAUUUGAAUUUUGUAAAAUUACUAUGUAAGUUCAUAAAUUUUGUGAUGAUUUAUUAUAAGUCCUAUUAAUUUCCUGCUCCCAAACUAUCCUAUAGUUAUUUAAUUUAAAUUGUAUAAAGUCACUCUGAAAGUUCACAAAAUUCGAACAUAUAUGAUUCCCACUGUCGUAUAAUUGUAUUUUUUUUUUUUUUUAAAUUAAUAUUUCUGUAAAAGACUCUACAAUCGAUUCCGUUGUUAAUUUGUUCCAAGACCCAAGGGGGACGCGGCCCAAGCCCGAGAGAUUUAUGUGAAACGGAAGCUGUGAAAAGAGUCAAAAGACGCAUUAAAACCCUACACUCUCAUUCUCGCUCCGCUCACCCCCGCAAGAACUUUCGAGUCCAAGAACAAAUGGCAUCCAAGCUUACUCAACUACAAUCUAAAGCUACCGAAGCCUCGAAGUUUGUGUUGAAGCACGGAUGUGCCUACCAUAAGCAGCUAUUGGAACAGAACAAGCAAUACAUUCAGGAACCACCUACUGUGGAGAAAUGCAAUCUUUUGGCAAAGCAGCUGUUUUACACUCGUCUUGCCAGCAUCCCAGGUCGUUGUGAAUCAUUCUGGAAGGAAGUUGAUUAUGUGAAGCAACUGUGGAAGCACAGGCAGGACCUGAAAAUUGAGGAUGCUGGGAUUGCGACUCUGUUUGGACUUGAGUGCUUCGCAUGGUACUGUGCUGGUGAGAUUGUUGGGCGAGGAUUUACCUUCACUGGAUACUAUGUCUAGGUACUGCAGCCACUGGACGAAUUGCUUUCUGGCCUGGAGUUCCAUUGAAAUUCUUCUCUCUUUUUUCUUUUGAGCCUUUUGGUUUAAGCCACAUUUAUACAUGGUUUCCCCUUGCAAGAAAUUUGAAUUGAUGAGUUCAGAACU